AUGUGUCGGUGUAUAAAUGAUCUUCUUGUUCUUGAAUUUAUUGGAUUUAUCGUUUGGUUCUUUGUAUUGCGAAAAAGAACGAAGCCAAAAAAGCCUAAACUACGUAAAGCCAGGCCAGAGAUUAUCAGAAUAGAUCAGGGUCCAUUAUUUAUGAAGGAUAGUCAGCCAUUUUAUCGCCAGGGAUCGGACAGUGAUGAACAUAUUUAUGAGGAAAUUGAUGAAUUUCAAUAUGAUUCUGAUGAUUAUUUAGACCCUAUUAAAUUGAAACAACAGCCAAUUUAUACAAAAUUGGUGGAUUCAGAACAUAUUUAUGAAGAACCACCUUUCUAUCCUGUUUCUAUAUCGGAAGGCACUUUUCAUUGCAAGAAACCACAACUUCGUGUACAUGCUUCUAACAAAGCUAAUGGCAGAAAACAGAAGGAGAGCAGUACUCGUUCCGACCACAAAUCGAAACGUCUUAAAGCCAACAAACCUCUUAAAGAUGCAGAGAAAGAAAGGAAUGGUAAAGCAAAAGGAGUGAAGCACGUGAGCAAAAAUGAAACCAAGACAGUUAAUAAGCGUCAUCUUGAAGAUUUGCACAACAUAAAGCUUCCAUUCAACUCAAAUAGCACAGGAUUAAAGCAGCAUCAGCAGUCUCGUCGUAAUUCCAAGUUAGGAUCAAACGAAACGCUUGCAGAUGGCUUCGUCCGUAAUCAAAAAAGGAGUUCAAAUGGUGCGAAACACCAAGCUCCGUAUGAAUCACAGAUUAUAGGAGAAAAUUUAAACCAUCUUCUGAAGAAUAUUUUAAAAGAUGCAAAGUAUUCUGAGAAUUCGAAAGGAACUGCGAUUGGCCUAGAAGGUUUAGAGCCCGUUUCAAACACAAGGGAAUCAGGGGAAAAAUUGAUUGAAAUGAGUUUAAAACAGGCUGAAAUACACACAGACCAGAAAAAUGUGCCGGAUCUGAUUAAAGGAAAGAGAGAAGACUCAAAUUCAACAUCUGAGGCAGCCAUGGAUAUUUUUGAUAAUCUUGAUCUGCCAGAAAUUAAUGAUAGCAGAAUUUUCUAGAGAUACCUAAACAGAAAAAAUAGUCUUAUGUAAUCUAAAGAGAUUGUUGUCUAGAAUGCUAGUAUAUACCAUGCCAUGUAGAUAUAGU